CUUGAAUGUUAUCAUAUCGUAUGUGGGGGUUUUAAUUCAGUCCCCUGAGCGUGGCGUCGGCGAUUUCUUGCCAUUAUUACAUUCAUGAUUAUUCACUACUUUUACUUGGGCUGUUGGGGUCUCUUUUUCUUUCCCCUCGUCUCUUCUUCCUCCAAAUCAUCUCCAGUGCUUCUCCAGUUUUAAUCCAUCUCACUCGCAUUAUAAUAUUAUUAUUAUUAAAUAAUAAUAGUAGUACUAUUAUUAAUUCUUUGAGACUUGACUCCAAAGUGGAGCGAUCGAUCUUCCACAUCUCUUGUUCUCACGUCUCCAUAACUGUUCACGUCUCCAGCAACGCCUUGAUGCUGUCUCAGUCACCACCACAGCCAACGGCUUCAAGCUCCCGACGCUUAAGCGUUGGAGCAAAGAGCAGAAUAUGUAUCCAUUGCGGACGCAGCUUUAGGCGCACAGAACACUUGGAGCGUCAUAUCCGCACUCACACAAAGGAAAAGCCAUAUACCUGCUUCUGCGGGGCGGCCUUUUCCCGACGUGAUCUCCUCAAACGCCAUACGGGCAUCACCCACCAGGACACCAUCACACCCAACACGAGCACGACGAGUAGUCUCGUUUCUCCCAAAUCCCAGUCCGAUCAAGAUGUCGUAAAGCAUCCCCGUCGUCGACCCUCAACGCAGACUCGACAGUACCAUGCUCCUCCAGACCCACCACAAGAGAUUGCCCUGCCACCGUCACCGGGGGUUCAGUGGACAAUGCAACAGAGUUCGUACCUAGGACAUGACCAGAGUAUGCUCAAUUCGACAGCACCCAAUGGAGGAAUCACACAUGAUGCGGAGAUUCUCGAAGCAGCCCAGUUGCUGCUUCCAGUAGGGAGUCUCCCAGUGAUCUACCCAGACCCCGAACCUUCACCGACAUCAUUGCCAUACCUCCCAGAAGAAUUAAAUCACUUUCAAGAAUUCACCCACUUUCUAGACUCCCUUGGAUUGCCCUCGGAAUGGGUCCCUGCGGGAGAAGUACCCCAAGUCCAUAGUGCAAUUCCUGAAGUCCCUGAACCCGGACAUAACCUUUCCUUCAGAGAUCAAGAUCACAAAUCCUAUCGGCGAAAUCCGAUGGAUAGGUCACGAGCGGACUCCCCCUUCCGAUCAUGGCCCCCAUCUGUACCUCCAGGGGAUCAGAGCAUGGGGAUGGUCUCGGACUACGAACCCCCCCAAAAUGCACAGAAGGCUUUACCCCUUAAGGUCAAUGAGGAAGAAACCCUGCGCCUUGCUGCGUCUUUAGAAGAAUUCCGCCACAUUAUCCCCGAUUUUGUUUUGCCCUCCCGACACACUCUAACGAGGUAUUUGACCUCUUUCUUUGAUGGCUUCUACCACCAUCUCCCCUUUGUUCACAUCCCCACCUUCCAAAUAAAUGAGCGAGCGCCGGAACUUGUCCUAGCUUUCUUAACAGUAGGUGCUCAGUAUCGCUUUGAGCAUCGUAAUGCCAAACGGCUCUUUCAUGCCGCAAAAGCAAUCGUAUUGUACCGGCUGUCGAAGGGUUCGUAUUCGACCCCGGCAGCCGCAUAUAACACUACCACCCAAAUUUCUCUAGAUGCUGUCCGUGAAAUGUCACAGUUACCACCGGACCAGAGUCCACCAAUGCUAUCUCCAGAGCUGGCCGCAGGCGUGAAUGCUUGGAAGCGGAUUGAGACUAUUCGUGCCCUGUUAGCACUAAUGGGCUACGCGACAUGGGAAGGCGCGGAACUCGUCCAGGAGGCUCUCGGCCUUCAGGGCUUAAUGGUGCGAUCUUUGCGCGAGUUUGGUUUGACAGAAAGCUUCUCUGUGACAUCCACCCAUCCACCGCAGCAGUGGCACGAAUGGGCCGAGGAAGAGUCUAUCCGGCGCACGCUGCUUCUCUCGUUCUGCUAUGUGCACAUCCACAGUAUUGCCUACAAUAUCUACCCCGUUCUACGCAGCAGCGAAGUCCACCUCCGUCUCCCCUGCUCUACAAAGGAAUGGAAAGCAGGUUCCGCCGAAGAAUGGGAAACCGCGCAAAAAGAAGUCGGCUCCCCGCAACUCUUCUUUCAAGAUGCACUCGCACACCUCCUACAACCACCCCGAUCCUCAUCUGUGCUGCUGGACCCCAUCCCUACGCCAGUGGGCAACUACAUCCUCCUCCACGGCCUUCUCCAACGCAUCCAUCUCGUCAGCGAGCUUUCUAUCUCAAAAGGAAACCAACCACUCGCCCUCCCAAUUGAAGAACUCAACAAACUGGAACGAGCCCUCCACUCUUGGACCUCAGUCUGGCAACAAGCCCCCGAAUCCAGUCUGGACCAGGGCAACGAAAAUGGCCCGCUCCCAUUUACAUCUUCCGCCCUGUUGGGCCUCGCAUAUGUGCGUCUCUCUCUGAAUCUCGGUCCCUACCGACACCUUGAAACCCGAGACCCCAUGACUAUCGCCUCCGCACUGCACCGUGCCCCAAAACUAGAGCCAACGAGCUACCUCACCCCAGCACUUCUCUACUCCGCGCACGCACUUAGUAUCCCAGUUCGUCUGGGGAUCGACCAUAUUGCGCGUAGCCAGGCCUUUUUCUGGAGUGUGCAGCACUCCGUAGCAAGUCUGGAUUGCGCGGUUCUUCUCAGUAAAUGGUUGAUGUCGCUAAAGGACGAUCAAAACUUAACCGAAAACGAGUCCAGAAUCCUCUACUGGACCCGCUGCAUAGUCCAAGAAGCAUACACGUCCAUGGACCUCGACGCAUCCGACUCCUUCCCUGGAAUCGAACCUGGCUCGGGCAUUGCUACAGGUACCGCGAUUAACCUCGAAACCCGGAGCUUAGGCUUUGCCGUGAUAAAGCUAUGGGCAAGACUGUUUCGGAAAAACACUCAGUGGCCAUUUAUCAAUGUGCUCGGGGAGAGUUUGGAGAGGUAUUUGGAGUCGGUGAUGGAUUAGUCUCUUCUUCCAACACACACACACACACACACACACACACACACACACGUGUAUAUAUAUAUAUACACACAUAUAUAUACCCUUCCUAGGCAUUUAUUCCAAUUUCUCCUCCCCAGUUUCUCUACAUUAUGAUCUAAUACCACCAGAUAUGUUUUAUGUUUCUUAGCACGCUGUGUUGUGUUAUGUUGUGCUGAGACUGGGGCUUACUCAGUGAAAAAUUUCGUAGUUAGUUAACUAACUAGUUAAAAAGCAAGUUAAUGAAUGGGCUGGAUAUAUGACCAAAAAAUGAACGGCAGCUGUUGAUGAUAAU